AUGAAGACUGUUGCAAAUGGAGUGGUGUCACAUGUGAAAGGGGUCACUGGUCACGUGAGCGGCCUCAACCUUAGUUAUGGUGGGCUUCAAGGAAUACUUCACUCCAACAGCAGCUUAUUCUCUCUUGGCCAUCUCAAGAUGCUAGACCUAUCUUUCAAUGAUUUCAUGGGUUCUUCCAUUUUCAAGUUUGGUGGAUUUGUAAGUAUGACACACCUCCACCUCACUGAUUCCCACUUCACAGGCAAAAUCCCUUCCGAAAUCUCCCAGCUUUCCAAACUUGUUUCACUUGAGCUCUCCUCAUACUCUUCUAGGCCCUAUGAAAAAACAACAAUAGACAUGCUUACCAUGAAAGGAAUUGCUCAGAACCUCACCAGCCUUAGAGUGCUUUCUCUCCAGUUUGUCGACAUGUCUUCAGUUGUACCUGAUUCCUUCCUGAAUUUGUCUUCUUCCUUGACUUCGCUUUGGCUCUCAUUUUGUAACUUGCGUGGUAAGUUCCCAGAGACUGUUUUCCACCUACCCAACCUUGAAGAACUUAAAUUGUUUGGAAACACUAAUCUCACAGGUUAUACCCCCAAAUCUAAUUGGAGUAGUCCACUGAACUACUUGGGGCUCUCUGAGACUAAAAUCUCAAUAGAUCUGCAUUUCUUGACAAGUAGUUUGAAAUCUUUGAGGUAUUUGUAUCUUCAGAAGUGCAAUUUCGCAGGAUCGCGCUUGCAUCUUGAAUUGUCUGAUAACCUCACACAACUCAUGUCUCUGGAUCUCUCUGGGAAUAGUUUUGGUGGCCAGAUACCAUGGUCACUUUUAAACCUUGAGCAUCUCCAUUACUUGGAUCUUUCCAGCAACAUAUUUGUGGGACUUCCAGAAAUUCAUGGUAAUUCCACAAAAGCAUCUUCAACUUUACAUGAUUCUUCAAAGAAACAACUUGUUGGUGGUUCUAUUCCUAUGGGUUUGACCUUUCUCAGUUUGUAUAACAACUUGCUUAGCGGAACAAUACCAUCUUUGGUAUAUUCUUUGCCAUCUUUGGAAUAUUUGCACCUCGGCAACAACGAAUUCACUGGUAAUAUCAAAGAUUUCCAAUCUCUUUCCUUGUCAUAUCUUUAUUUAAAUAAUAACAAGCUGCAUGGCAUGAUUCCGAGUUCGAUCUAUGGACUUGUGAAACUUAGCGAUCUUUAUAUAGCCUCAAACAAUUUGAGUGGCGUUGUGAAGUUUGAAAAGUUUCAAAAUCUCCAAAGUCUCAUCCAUCUUGAUCUUUCCUACAAUCGUCUAACGGUGAGUUUUCAGAACUUCAGUAAUUAUACGUUGCCCAAACUUUCAUCACUGCACAUGUCUGGUUGCAAAAUAACUCAGUUUCCACACUUCCUGAGAACCUCAACCCAAUUAAGAUCCCUAGAUCUUUCCAAUAACCAGAUUCAAGGCAACGUUCCAACAUGGGUGUUGGACGUGGGGAGAAAUUCAUUGUCAUACUUCAAUCUUUCUCACAAUUUCUUGACGGGUACUAUAGAACAAUUUCUGUGGAAGAACAUAGAAGUUGUUGAUCUUAGUUCCAAUUUGUUGGAAGGAAAACUUCCUAUCCCAUCACCUUCAACAAACUUCUUUUUCAUGUGGAACAAUCAAUUGACUGGAGCAUUGCCAUCCUCCAUUUGCAACCUGACUUCUGUCGAAGUAAUUGAUUUAUCUAAUAAUGGCUUGAGCGACAGGAUUCCUCAAUGUAUAGGGAAUUUCAGUCAAGAUCUCUCAGUUUUGGAUUUGCAUAUGAAUCAAUUUCGUGGCAAGAUCCCUUCAAUAUUCCCCAAGGGAAACAUCUUGAGGAAUCUUAACAUUCAUGGAAAUCAGUUGGAAGGGACUCUGCCACAGUCUCUAGUCAAUUGCAGAAAGAUGGAAGUUCUAGACUUGGGAGACAACAAGAUAAACGAUACUUUUCCGAAUUGGUUGGAGUCUCUUCCGGAGUUACAGGUUCUCAUCUUGAGAUCUAACAGACUGUAUGGUCCAAUUGGCAGUCCAGAAACAAGUUUUCCCUUCCGAAAGCUGCGAAUCAUUGACCUCUCCUUCAAUCAGUUUGGUGGUCCUCUGCCAACAAAGUACUUUCAGAAAUUGGUGGCUAUGAAAAGCGUGCAAGAUGAUGAACUGAAAUACAUGGGAGAAUUGUAUUACACAGACAAAGUCACAGUGGUAAUGAAAGGCUUGUAUUUUGAGCUGAUCAAAAUACAAACCAUGUUCACAACCAUUGAUUUUUCAAACAAUGUUUUCACAGGGAAGAUUCCGGCGGUGAUCGGCGAGCUCAAAUCAUUGAAGGGGCUUAAUUUCUCUAGUAACAAGCUUAAAGGUCCAAUUCCAUCCGCCUUCUGUAACUUGACUAAUAUGGAAUGGCUGGACAUCUCCUCAAACAUGCUUUCUGGUGAGAUUCCAUGGCAACUAGCCGAUUUGACGUCGCUUGCUAAGUUAAACCUAUCUGGAAACCAGUUGGUUGGACCAAUACCUAGUGGCAAUCAGUUUGAUACAUUUGAAAAUGAUUCAUACAGUGGAAAUUCAGGCUUGUGUGGAUAUCCACUGUCUAAGACAUGUAUCAACGACGAAGCACCUCAACCACCAUUGUUUGACCAGCAAGACGGUGAUUUGAAUGGAUUUGAUUGGAAAAUAGUAUGGAUGGGUUAUGGAUGUGGAAUGGUAAUUGGAUUGUCUGUGGGAUAUAUUGUUCUUUCUGUUGGGAAAGUUGAUCGGCGGGUAAGGGUCAUGGGAAGAGAAAUAAGAAGCAGAAUCGUGAGAAGGGCCAAGAAGGCUAGUGUUGGAACUAGAAAGUGGUGA